UUAUUUUCUUUUGUUCUCUCGAGAUCAACACGAUGCUAAGGUACCUUAGAAUAAAUAAAUGCCUAGUUGUUUUUUGAGCUUCUCGGUUUAUUUUAUGAGUGUGUUUAUUUUUAACGCGUUUUUGAAAAAGUGAAUCAAUUCCAAGUUGGACACAAGAUCAUGCUUGGCCACUUAUAGAUACAGACACUAUUGACACAAGUUAUGCAAGCUCAAGCCACGCCGCAGCAUUAGCGAGCAUUUUUGGUCAUGACGCAUUAGACUUUCAUACGAAUGUUUCCGUAUUCUAUGAUGAGUUUAACUUUGUGCCACAUCAAACAAUGACAGAUACCAUUGAACCUUCCAGUUUGAUUCAUCAAGACUAUGUUCAUUCAGUGACAAAUGAUGCCAAAAGGAGACACAGCAGUAGCUCAGCAUCAACCAAUUCUUCUCUAGAAGAUGACAAUACAUUCUCUACUAUGCAUAGCCGAAGAUCAAGUCUAGACAGUGAAUCUUCCACAGAAUCAGUCAAGCCAAGCUACAUGCAUCGACGUCAAAUGGAAGAAGCCAUUUUAGAAAAAAUUACACAUCAAUUAGAUGCAGACAAGUUGCCUGGUAUUUUGACGAUCAUCUCACACAAUCAAGACAAUGUAGAAGAAGUCGAGAUUGAUUUAGCUAAACUGGACUAUGUUCAACUCGAACAUAUUUUACUCUAUGUGGAUGCAUGUCUUUUAGAGAAACAAGGUGGACCUAAAGUCAAAUUAAAUGACUAUGUGAUUCAGCCAAUGAAAAAGUCAAUGCCAAAGCAACGACGUCGAAAACAACGCUGUACUUCUAUUGUAGAAGCAGGCCAUGUCGUCCAUGGUACUUGUACAUCUCGACUGUCUGAUUCUUAUGGUCCAAUGUCGAUGUCCGCACUUACUGAAUACACUGUGAAAAGAAAAAACAAUAAGAAAAGAACACCGAAAAAGAACAAGAAAUUUAAUCAUACAUUACCUGUCAAGAAACCAUCCAAAAGGAAAACUGCUUUACAUAAACGUAAAUUACUGGAAGAUAUGAUUCAACCCUCUUCUAAUGAUGAAGAUGAAGAAGAAAACUCAAAAGGAGAUAUUAUCAUAUUUGGUAAUGAACAAAUGGAUUUUGCAGUGACAGACAAUCAAACCAUCGUUCAUUCGUCUUUGCCAACACAACACAUACCUUCUGUAAAUGACCAACCCAUCGAAGCAGACGAAGACGAUGAACUCAUUGACAUUAUGAUGUAAAAUAAACCUUUUAUUUCCAUAUAAACUA